AUGUUCUUUCUGAACUCUCUAUCGAGCCAUGCUGAUACGACAGUUACAACACAAGAAUCAUUCUUGUUCUCAUCCAAUACCAAUGACCACUCCUUACUCUUCCUUCUCAGUCUUUCCGUUAAUAUUGUCCUUCUCAUUGCUUUCCUCUCUCGUUGGUUUUGUUGCUUUUCAAGAAAUACUCAAUCUAGCCGAAUUCAACCUUCAAAACAACAAGUCGAAAAAGAACGUUCCGACACAUUCAUUCAACAAUAUCCCAAUGGAUGGUAUCGACUCUGCAAUUCGAGUGACCUCUCUCCAGGUCAAUCCAAAUUAGUCAAUUAUUUUGGUAAGGAAUUGGUGAUUUUCAGAGGUCAGCAACUCAGUGUUGAUACAUUGCCAGUGGUUGGAGUCUUGGACGCCUACUGUCCACAUUUAGGAGCCAAUCUAGGGAUACAAGGUAAAGUCGUUGGAAAUCAUUUGCAAUGUGCAUUUCAUCAUUGGGAAUUUGAUAAGGAUGGUCAGUGUGUGAAUAUUCCCUAUGUCGAUUCGUGCAAUUCCAUUCCUUCGUGUGCAAAAACUUAUUCUAAUACUCCAUGGAUUUGUGUGGAGAAGUAUGGAAUGAUCUUGGUAUGGUAUCAUUCGGAGAAGGAACCUCCUUCGUAUGAACCCAUUUCUAUUCCAGAACUUGACAACAAAUCGAAUUCCAAAUAUUACCAUUAUGGAAAUUUUGAAUAUGCUGACAUUCGAAUGAAUAUUCAAGAUUUUGCAGAGAAUUCUGCCGAUGUUCAACAUUUUCAACCACUGCAUGGAGAGAUGGCUUUACCUUGGACGGGUCCUCGUUCUUGUAUUGGACGAACCAUUCCAGUGCCAUUUGUCAAAAUUAUUCACAAGGCAAGUUUUGAACUCUCUCAAACAGAAAAGCAUGUGGCCUACUUCAAAAAUCAAGCAUGUCUCGAAGUGUUUGGAAAAAAGCUACCCUCCACCACAGUGGAUGCUCAAAUUACAUUUUUUGGACCUGGUGGAAUUACACUGUUCCAAUUCGAUGGAAGUUUUGGACGAAUUUAUUUAUUUCACACUCACACUCCAACCUCAAUCACAAGUUUAGAUGUUGGAUUUGUGUGCUUUGCAGAAAAUAAGAUUCCUCGUAUGCUGGUUUGGUACAUUGUAGGAAAUUGGAUUGCUCAGUGGCAAAAUGAUAUUUUAGUAUGGGAAAAUAAGAUGUACAUGAAAAAGCCACUCUUAGUGAAGAACGAUGGACCUGUGAUGAAGUUACGAAGAUGGUACAAACAAUUCUAUUCCACGCAAGAAUUAUCGUAUUGA